AUACGUACUGUGUACUGCUGCUGCUAUAUUACGCCAUUGGGUAACAUACGUUGUACGUAUACGUACGUAUACACACACAUCUCUGUAUGGAAUGAAUACGCAUUGUUGAGAAUUUGGAUGAGAGACGGUGAAAACAGCCCAUGAUAUUUGCGGUUAAACAGAACGAUUUGGCUCUGAAAUUCAGAGUUUGGACUAUCUUUGUGAUCUGAUAUACAGGGUCUACAACAUGAAUGAAAGGCCCGAACGAGGAGACGAAUCUGGAAGCGAAAUAUGGACUUCUUCCUCAAGUUGGGAGGCGCAAUGUCUGGAGGAAUUGGACCGGGAAUUAGAACCAAAUUUGGACGAACGUCUCCCGCAAGAGAAACAGUUUGCUUCAGAAAAACUUUGGUAUUCCUUUCAGAAUUGUGCUAGUGCUGUAACCACAUUAUAUAAAGAACGUCUUAACCAAAGCAAUAUCCAUAUACCUCUUUGGCUAGUUUUCCAAAAUGCUGCUGGAUCAGUCACACAGUUAUAUAAAGAAAGCACAGAUGCACAAAAAGGUAGCUUAGAUCUAGGUAUUAGCAUUGGGCACCAGCGCCGCACCCGAGACAUCGUGGCCUGGGUCAAGAAGCGCAGAAGACACAUACGGCGCGAGGAUCUCCUGGCGUUCCUCUGCGGGAAGGCACCACCUGGCAGGAUCAGGCCGUCCCACGGAGUACCACGCAGCCCCUCAGACAGGUCGUCCCCCCGCACCCACUCACCGCCUCGUGAGGCCCAGAGGACAGGGUUAGGGGAGCCUGUGGAUGACCUUCAGCCUUUUAGAGAUGCCCUUGCUCUGCAUGGACUGAAUGGGGCAAUGGCCAACAUUGGGGUUUCCCAGUCGCCCUCUUCACAUCACUCAUCGUCACGGCGACGCCACUUGUCGAACCACGAUCUCUUCCCAGAGGACCUGGUAAGCCAUCCCGACUCUCGGAAACGCUCCAGCACCAACAUCGCCCCCACGGUGGAAGGAUCACCUUCGCACAAACGUUCACGUCUACUAUAAAAAAAAAUAUUUAAAAAAUCACCUAUACAUCGUGUGCCACUAUUCUUGAAUUUGUAACAUAUAGCGAAAAACAAAUGUGUGUGUACUACCUAUGACAGCGUUCACAGACAGACAUGGACUAUUACUGUUGCCUUCCUAAAAAGAUUUGAAAAAUAAUGAAAAAUAGUGUGCAUGCACAUGAGCAUUUGGGCAUUUUUAUUUUGUUUGUUUAUUAAUCAUUUAAAAAACGAUGCUGCACAUGUUUUUGUCAUUAACCCCUUCUUUGUGUUUUUUUUGUUGUUGCUACAGUAGUUCCACUUCUGUAUGUUCUACCAUAAAGUCAUUAAAAAAAAGCACAAUAAGAAAAACUGCAUCUCUUUAGAUAAAUAUUCCCUGUUUAUGAAAUUAUAUUUGGUCACCAUAUGGUAAAAGCAUGCUGUACACAUGUAGAGUCAUAUACAUGUAUGGUAUACCAAAUUUUAUUUUGCUUGUUCUGUUGUCAACCCAAUAAUCCUCAUUCGAACAUUUCUUGAAUUGAUUUUAUAAUUAUUUCAUUUAUCUUUUAUAUUGUUUUUUAUUGUGUUAUUUAAAACUUUCAUUUUCACAUAGCUUCAUUUUUUUUUUGGCAUUAUGAUCUAUGUUGGUGUAUUUAUAAUGACAAUGUGUUUUAUUAAUUACCUGCCCAUAUGAAACGUAUUAAGAAAAUAGAUAGUGUGUAUAUAUAUAUAUAUGUCCACUCAAGCCAAUUUGUAAAAAAAAUACUUUAUAUGCCUGACUUGUAAAUAGAUUUGUUCGUAUAUGAAAUUUGUUCUACUUGUGAAGUUAUAUUUCAUGUGAAUUGACUUUUGACCAUUCAAGAGGUACGGUUCCUUUGCUUUGUAAUGCGCUAAGUACUGCAUAUAGGAAUGCAAACAUGUAUGUUUAGACGAGUGUAUACCAUGUUGGUAUGAUGGUACGACAUAUGCUCCAGGGACUCUUGCUACGACAUCAACACUAGUCCAAUGCCUAAUGUCCAUCAUGGGUCUACUGCUAUAUGUAAACCUCACUGCGUUCAGACUGUGGAAUUCAUUGUAUAGCUACAUGUACAUGUACACUAUAACUGUACCUAGUGUGAAUGAUAUAUGAGGGAACUUCAUAUAACAAAACGUUGUAUUGGGAGACGCAUGUUAAAGCAUCGUUUCAAACAAGAGUCCAGCUGUAGUCAGAACGCUUAUCACUAAUGAUUGGCCAGCUGUCACAGUGUCAUAUCAUUUGACCUAAACCACAGAGGUGUCGUGGUCUAGUGGAUAUGUCACCAGACUGUGGAUCACAUGGUUUGCAAUUCGAGUCCCACCAUGGCACUAAUGUCCUUCGGCAAGUCAUUAAUCUGCAUUUGCCACUCUCCACCCAGGUGAAGUAAAUGGGUACCUGGUAGGAAGAAAUUCCUAGAAUGCUUUAGCACCUUAUUAUCGCAGCUCAGCUAUAAUAAUAAUAUGAUACUUUGUAUUAAGCGCAGUAGAGUAUAUUCAUAUAGAAGCUGCGCUAUAUAACGGACCUAUUAUUAUUAUUACCUCUUCAAAACUAGUUUUAUUUAUAUGACGUUUCUUUAUACGAUGUUCAAGUCUGUACGCUUCUUAAGUCUAACCUAAAAGCCAGUAUUUACUCUAACCUCUACCUUAUAUCUAAGAUGAAAGAAAGCCUGGACUAAGCAAAUGUCGCUGUCCAGAGCAAAUGUUAGAGAGUCUAGUUGCAUUUUUGUCAAAUAUCACAGGUAUGAAGGUUUUGUACAAACUUAGUUUUUUAUAUCAAGGACUAAGCAAAUACAAUUACAUGUUAUGAACAUCAUUUUAGUUCCAUCAGUUUUCAUGCUAUAUUGCAAAAGCACUUACCGGUAAAUACCUCUCUGACUGUCAAGUUGGUACUUAGCAAAAUAUUCUGUUUAGCAGAGUAACUAUAUAGGA